GAUCAUGCUGACACAUCAUGCUCGCUGCAUUAUCUACCGAUCUUGCCGAGUCUUACCGAUCUUGCCGAGUCUGCAGGAGGAGCCGAUUCUUCUUAUCUGAUCUGUAAGCUUCGCUCGCCUCAUGUCGGGCGUAGACCAGUUCGGUUCCUGCCCGUAAAUUUACUAUCUGAAGCAGUUGACCGUCAGUUGACCGUCGCUUUAUCACCACUCACGAUUAGCUACUAGCGAAACAGGCAACCGUCACCGUUACCUUCGCGAUGGGCGAUCUCGUGUUUCGCACGCUUCGCAACCUGCACCUGCACCUCCUCGAGAACGUGCAGAUCGACGCGCAGCAGGCGAGCGUCGAGCGCCAAGUGCUCCGAUUGGACGACGAGAAGGCGCUCCUCGAAGCGGAGCGCGACCUGCUGCGCCGCGAGCACCUCUUGCUGCGCGCCGACGAGGAGGCGCUCGAGCGCGUCGAGGCGGAGCUCCGCGCGGAGAAGCUUGCGCUCGAGGCGGACAGGGAUCGGCUGAUGGCGCAAGGGCAGUACCUCGCGGCUGCUGCCGCCGCCGCCGCUGCGGAAGCGAUGGGGGGAGCGGGACGGGGAGCGGAAGGGAGUGUGGAAGAGAGGGCGAAAGCGGAGGGGAAGGCGGAGGCGGGAGCGGAAGCGGAAGACGGGCGGGGCAGCUGUUCGAGCGGGGAGGGGGGUGGCUAUGGGCCGGGCGGGGGGGAGGGGAAGAGGAGGGGGGUUUGCGCGGGGUGCGGGGAGUGCCUCUGCGCGGUGGAGAUCGUGGAGGCGGAGGGGCAGCUGGAGGCUUCCGCGUGUGUGGCGGGGACGCGGUGGAAAGGCUCCGCCGCUGCCUGGGGAGGCUUGCGCGGGGAGCACCUUAGCGCCACGGGCGUUUGCCCUCGCGACUUUGCUGCGCAAGAGAAUGGCGCUCCUUCCGCGCAAGAGAGCUGCGCGCCUGCCGUUUCCUGCGCGCCCGUCGCGUCUGAUGCGCCCGGAGAUGGCAACCUUGCGCCUCAAGCUGCGCGCGAGCGCAGCACCUCCCGCGCAGCAGCGGAUGAAUGUGAGGGCGGCAAGGGCGGCAGCACCUUUCAGUUCUUGUCAGCUUCAGGAACCGAAGUGAAUGCAGCAGCGGUAGAUAGGUGUGAGGGAGAGAAGUGGCGGCGCAAUCUUGAAGUGGCGGCAGCUAGAGCUGCUGACACGGCUGGUCUCGCUGGAAGCCUGCUGUUCGACAGGUCAGCACGGCCGGCUACUGACAUGGCUGGCCCAGGUGGCAGUCUGCUAAUUGGCCGGUCAGCACGGCCGGCAGCUGACGUGGCUGGCCCAGGUGGAAGCCUGCUGAUUGACAGCUCAGCAAUGCCUGCUGCUGAGUCAAGCCGGGCAGCUGAGGAAAGGUGGUCAAGCGGCCUUUCGGCAUCAACUGCAGCGCCAACCGCUGCUUCACCAGCAGAAGCAUCAGCAGCACCGGCAGCACCGGCAGCGUCAGCCGCGGUGGCAGCAGCAGCGUCAGCAGCAACAGCGACCUGGGCGGCAGAGGGGUUGCGGAGAAAUGGAGGCGACGUGGCGGGGGGGAUAGGGGAGGAUGGACCCAGUGCGACUGGGGCAGAGGUUCGGGUGCCGCCUGGGGCUGCUCACGCAUUGCAGAGGGAUGGCGGCGCUGUGGGGCGGCGGACAGCUGCAGCUGUUGGGAUGGGGACGGAGGGAGACGAAGACAAACCCAGUGGGAGUGGGGUAGGUGGAAGCGAGCUCCAGGAAGAGAAGACACAGCAGCUGCUUCCUCGGCAACAGCAGCAGCAGCAGCAGCAGGAGCAGGAGCAGCAGCAGCAGGGGCAUUCACAGCCCCAACAGCAGCCCCAGCAGCCUCAGCGGCCUCCAGCGGAGCUGGCGUCGCAGCUGGGGCGGCUGGUGCAGCGAGAGCAAGUGGUGGUGGCGCUCAUCCAGAAGGCCAUCGCGCAGCACAAGGUGGUGCUGGCGCGCUGCGACAUGGCCUCUGUGCGCUACGAGACGCUCAUUAUAAGGAGGGAUGCGGUUACCGCACAGUACAACCUGGUGUUACGGCUGAAGAAGCAGAUGAUUGAGGAUAUGAAGCAGUUCAAGGCGGAGAGGGAGAGGACGGAUGACUGGCGGGUGGGGGGGAUGGGAGGGGUGGGAAGGGCUGUGAGUGACAGGGAUGAAGAGGGCCGGGAUGCUCCUGCGCCUGCUGCUCCUGCUGCUUCUGCUCCUGCUGCUGCUGCUGCUCCUUUUGCUUCUGCUGCUCCUGCUGCUCCUGCUUUAGCUGCCUCCCCGUUUCCUGCUGCUUCUCCUCCUCCUCUCGCUUCCACCUCUGCUCUUGCUCCAUCUCCUGCCGCGGCUGCUGCGUCUGCAGUCCCUGCUUCUCCUCAUGCUGCUGCCACUGCUGCCACUGCUGCCACUGCUGCCGCUGCUGCCGCUGCUGCCACUGCUGGUGAGGUGCCUGGUGCCAGUUCGCCUGUUCCUGUGCCAGAUGCUCCGGCCCCUGCUCUCACUGCCACUGCUGUCGCACCAUCACCUCCUGAAGGCGCACAGUAGGGCUGUUUACCUCUCAAACAACUACUAAGCAGUGGUGAAGAGCUUAGAUUCACAGCCCUGCUGGUGAAGGGUUCUCAGCCAGGGGGCCAUUGGCCGGUGCUGUUGUCAGCAGUGCCUACUGUUGGCGCUGAUGGGUGGUGCUGUUGGUGCUGUUGAUGCUGGUAGUGCUGUUGGUGCUGUUGUCUGGUCUAGUGCAGACAAUGCUUCUUGGCCAUACUUGAUCGUUUUCAUCACUGACUGGAGAUGUGGGGUAGAGAGUGGGGUAGAGCGUGGGGUAGAGCUGCCUGUGGAGUGGAGUGUGGUGUGGUGCCUGAGAUGCUUCUGGUGAAAGGAAUGCCGUAUGCGUUCACACCAUCUACUGUACGCGGGCGGCAACGGGCGGCUGGGUUUCGGUUUGGGCACAUGCUGAUUCGGAGGAGCACCUCAGUGGUGCGCUGAGGGACUCAGUGCUUUCUGCAGGGCGAGGAGGAAGGGGAGGAGAGGGAAAUGAUGGGAGGGGGUUUUGUGGAUGAGAUGGAGAAGGACGAGGAUGAGGAGAUGGGAAGCUACAGCCGAUGAGGAGAUGGGGGGGCUACAGCCGAUGAGGAGAUGGGAGGCUACAGCCGAUAAGGAGAUGGGAGGCUACAGCCAAUGAGGAGAUGGGAGGCUACAGCCAAUGAGGAGAUGGGAGGCUACAGCCGAUGAGGAGAUGGGAGGCUACAGCCAAUGAGGAGAUGGGAGGCUACAGCGGAUGAGGAGAUGGGAGGCUACAGCCGGUGAGGAGAUGGGAGGCUACAGCCACAAGUGCGGGUUUGUGCAGAACGCAGCAGCGUCGGCGGCAAGGAGGCGGCGGCCCGUUCCCCCCAAGCCGUGGAUCAGAAUGGAUGGCUGAAGAAAUAAAUAACCAACCUUGGACUGCUGGACAAGAACCACCCUUGGAUUGCUGAAGCAAGAGCCGCUCUUGGCGGCCCUUGGGCUUUAGGGAAAUGGUGGAAGCGUGGUCGGGUCACCUCACCUCACCACCAGCCUCUGGGUGUAUGCCCCUCCAGCUUUCUGGUGCUUGUGGUUGUUGCCUGUUGUGUGAUGCCAACACAAAGAUGUUGCUGCUGCCUUACACUGAAGGUUGAUUUAGAUUUAGACCGUUGCAUUGCAUGUCCAUACUAGUACAAGACAGAUUCUAUGCUGGAUAUGGUACUGUAUCCUAC